GCAACUUGUCCAAUAGUAAACACAGGCAAACAUGAAUUUCCUACAAUUCCUACGAACGAACUUAGCUUUUAUAAACAUUUAGAUCCAUUGUUAAAUUUUCGGAAAGGAAUUAAUAUUAAUACGAUAGAUGAGGCACGUACGAUAUCGCAAAUUUUAAGCAACAGAAAUUAAUUAAUUGAAAUGUCGGACAAGGAUCAAAAUUCGAACGAUUCGAAAAAUCAAUUGGACGAACGAAUAAACGUUGACGAAGCAUUAUGGGAUCAGAAUACUUAUAUUGGUAGAUGGAAACAAAUGGCUUUCAUUAGCGACUUCCGAACUAUUUUUGUGUCGAAAGAGAAAUUAUAUCAAGCUAAAAAACUUUGUAAUGAUUAUGCGUUGGGAAAUGAACCAGAAGAUUUGAAAAAAGAAGAUAUCAUUUAUGCGAAGAAACUUUACGACAGUUCCUUCCAUCCUGAUAACAAUGAAUUGAUGAAUCUCAUUGGUAGAAUGUCAUUUCAAUUUCCUGGUAAUGCCAUUUUACUCAUGGCAAUGAUGACGUUUUACAAAUCUACGGUUGCUCUUCUAGGCUUGCAAGUAAUUAAUCAAGCAUUUACUACUAUCGUUAAUUAUACAAAUAGAAGUAUAACAACCAAUGAGUUAGAUGAAUCUAAAAAUAAUAUCGUAGCAGAGGAAGCUUUUUUAUGUAGCGCUGCGGCUAGCAGCAUGGUUGUUUAUGGAUUAAAACAAAUGUUUUAUUGCAGAGGACCAUUAUUCGCACGACUUAUUCCAUUGGGAGGAUUGACCAUUGGAAAUAUGAUUAAUUUUGCUGUCAUACGACAAAAAGAGAUUAUAAAUGGAAUUCCUGUAUGGGUCAUUCAUGAAGAACCUUUCAUGAAUUCAAAAGUUGCUGCAAUUAAAGCAGCUUCUGAAUGUUUUUUUACCAGAACAUUAACUGUGGCUCCAACAAUGAUUAUGAUACCAAUUGUGGCAGAAUAUAUAAGAACAACUUGUUUCUAUUAUCGUCGUCCAUGGGCCUUAUUACCAAUCAAACUGAGCUUAUGUCUUGCUUCCUUGUUAGUGAUGAUUCCCUCGGCAUUGGCAUUAUAUCCAAUGUGCAAUUGUAUGAGACCAGAUUUAAUGAAGAUAUUUCCAUCGGAAUAUAAUGAAUUUACAGAAAAGUUCAAAGAGGAAGUGCAGCCAGAUAGAAUCUAUUAUAAUAAAGGAUUGUAAUGUGAUAUUAAAUAAUGCAUCAAUAUGUUA